AUGGGUCCAAAACGCAGACACACGGACGAUAUCACGCGCGAGGAUGUUGAAGAGUUCUUCAAGCAGGAGGAAAGAGAGAAGGUGGAUGUGUGGUGGAACGAGCACACCAAUAAAUCAGACGACGAAUACUAUCAUCUUAUCGUGGAUGACGUAGUUCCAUUGUGGGUGGUUACGUGUAUGAAGAUGCACAAGAAGGUACCCCUCAAGGCCCAAUUCGAUAUGUUGACUCAGCGCAUAGCAAUAUGGCGAAAAGCGCACGACGACCUAGCAUCAUAUGUCAAGAAUAGGAUGAAGGAUGACAACGUGGGCGAGGAGUAUGGAAUGGUCCGGGAAAUGUACGAAGCAUGGUUACAAGCGAAGAGAGAGCAGAAGCAAGCAAUUGUGGAAGCGGAGCGCAGGGCAGAAGUAGCGCGACAAGCAUACAAAGCAGCCCUUCAAGAUGUCAAUGACGCAAUCAAACCUAACUAA